GAACUCUGUUUUGGUUUAGAUCAGUUCCCAGCUUCUUUCUUGUUUGACAAUGUGAAACUAUUUGACAUUCACUGUCUCUGAGAGGUGAAAUGGCGCAGCGAGGAAUUCAGAUGGACCAGGAAAAACUCUGCUGUUCGAUCUGUCUGGAUCUACUGAAGGAUCCCGUGACUAUUCCCUGUGGACACAACUACUGUAUGAACUGUAUUAAAAGCUACUGGGAUGAAGAGGAUCAGAAGCAAAUCCACAGCUGUCCUCAGUGCAGACACACCUUCAUGUCGAGGCCUGCUCUGGUGAAAAACACCAUGUUAGCAGAUUUAGUGGAGGAACUGAAGAAGACAGGACUCCAAGCUGCUCCAGCUGAUCACUGCUAUGCCGGACCUGAAGAUGUGGCCUGUGAUGUCUGUACUGGGAGAAAGCUGAAAGCUGUCAAGUCCUGUCUGCAGUGUCUGGUGUCUUACUGUGAGCAGCACCUCCAGCCUCACUAUGAAUCCCCUGCCUUUGAAAAACACAAGCUGGUCGACCCCUCCAAGAAGCUUCAGGAGAACAUCUGUACUCGUCACAACAAGGUGAUAGACAUUUUCUGCCGCACUGAUCAGCAGUGUAUCUGUUAUCUGUGCUUCAUGGAUGAACAUAAAGGCCACGACACAAUUUCAGCUGCAGCAGAACGGACUGAGAGGCAGAAAGAGCUCGAGGUGAGUCGACAAAACAUCCAGCAGAGAAUCCAGAACAGAGAGAAAGAUGUGACGGUCCUUCAGCAGGAGGUGGAGGCUAUCAAUCACUCUGCUGAUAAAGCAGUGAGGGACAGUGAGAAGAUCUUCACAGAUCUGAUCCGUCUCAUUGAGAAAAGUAGCUCUGAUGUGAAGCAGCACAUCAGAUCUCAGCAGAAAACUAAAGUUAGACAAGUCAAAGAGCUUCAGGAGAAGCUGCAGCAGGAGAUCACUGAUCUGAGGAGGAAAGACACUGAGCUGGAGAAGCUCUCACACACAGAGGACCACACCCAGUUUCUACAGAGCUACCCCUCACUGUCACAUCUCACUGACUCUAAAGACUCAUCCAGGAUCAAUAUCCGCCCUGUGCGACACUUUGAGGAUGUGACUGCAGCUGUGUCAGAGGCCAGAGAUAAACUACAGGACUUUGUUAGUGAUGUGUGGACCAAGAUCUCACUGACAAAGACUGAAGUGGAUGUUUUGCUGGCACAACCUCAGCCCAAGACCAGAGCUGAAUUCUUACAGUAUUCACGUCAGAUCACACUGGAUCCAAACACAGCAGGCAGAUGGCUCAAAUUAUCUGCAAGGAAGAGAAAAGCAACAGUGAGAGGAUCAAUUUUAGCGCUAGCUUUCAACAGUAGUUUUCAGGUCCUGAGCAGAGAGAGUCUGACUGGACGAUGGUACUGGGAGGUGGAGUGGAGUGGUGGAACAGUUUCAGUAGCAGUCACAUCUGCACAUAGGAGAAGACCAGUAUAUGAAACUGGAUUUGGGAACAGUGACACAUCUUGGGCAGUAUAUUGUUUGAAUGAUUCUUAUCAAUUCAGACAUAACAACAUCAGCACUCCCAUCUCAGGCCCUCAGUCCUCCAGAGUGGGAGUGUACCUGGAUCACCCUGCAGGUAUUUUGUCCUUCUACAGCGUCUCUGACACCAUGACUCUCCUCCACAGAGUCCAGACCACAUUCACUCAGCCUCUCUAUGCUGGACUUGGUGUUUAUGGUUAUGAUUCCUCUGCUGAAUUGUGUGAUCUCAAGUAGACAGGUGUUAUAAACAAGACAAAGGCUGAGAAUCUACUUUUAGGUAGUAAAUUUACUCUCCAUCUUUGUUGUUCAGCUCUCUGUGCUGUGAUGGUUCUGCACUGAACAGUCACUCAAACAGUGUGGGUAUAUGUAGAUAUAUGUAUAUCAAGCAUAUAUGUAUAGAACUUAAAUAUCAGAUGAACAGAAAUGAACAGAAUCUAUAAGUGUGGGGGUUUUCUUUUAAAAUCUGUUAAGUAAAAUAAUAUUGUGGAGUUUUGUUUUUUUUUCAGAUAAUGUUUGUAUAGUGGGAAACUUUGA